AUGCAGAAGACAAUAUCUCGCCGGUAUUUUCGUUUAUUUUUGACUGUAAUUAUGUUUUUAUCAUUUCAUACUGUUUAUCCGUCGACUCUGGCAAGUAUAUGUCCUGAUGCUCUUUCGUGCAAUUGUACACUUAUCAAUAAUACAGAUUUAACCAUCGUAUGUAGUUCUGUGCCUCCACUUAUCCAAUUGCCAACAUUGUCACCUAGUACGCUGCAAACAAAUGUUAGAACAUUAAGUGUCAUUUCGUCAGUAACGUCUACCAACGGUCCACUAAUAAGUUUGCCAACAAAUAUUUGUUCCUACCCAAAUCUUGCUACAAUUAAUUUAUCAUCAAAUAACAUAGACGGCUUAUUAAAUACAUCUGCACUUGCUUGUUUAGGUUCCAAUUUAAAUCAUGUUGAUUUUUCCUCGAAUCAUAUAAAUGAUAUCGAUUUAAAUUUCUUUCAAGCCAAUCGAAAAUUACAAACAAUAAAUCUCUCGCAAAAUAACUUGACAUCAAUGCCGUUAGUUGAUGCAGCAUAUUACGUUAAUUUUCCUUCGACAAUUACAUCCAUGGAUUUUAGUUUUAAUCAAAUAAUUAGUGCUGAUUUUUGGCCUUUAUUUGUUAAAACAAAGAAUACUAUGACUAUCGAUAUGAGUUAUAAUUCGAUUGUAAAUUAUAUAAAUACAGUUCCUAUAACUUUAGAACAAUUAACAGAACCACCAGACCCAAGAAAAUUCUAUUUAAAUAAUAAUCAUCUUACACAUUUCUCGGACCUCCUACUUGAACAAUACGGUGCAUGUACAGUAGAAAAUGCCGUUAGCACAGCUUACUUUAUUGUUGGAAUAACGAAUGUGCUAUUAACAAAUAACUCGUUGAUAUGUGAUUGUGAAUCUUAUAAUUUAAUAACAUAUAUUAAUAAUGAUAUAAAUGAUUUUCCAGAUAUCAGCAAUGGUAGUGCUCUAAUAGCACAAGCAACCUGUUCAGGACCUUCAUUAAUGGCUGGACAAAAAUAUAUCGCGACAAAUUUUAGUGAAUUUAAUGAUUGUAUAAAUUAUACAUUACCCAAUAUUACCGAUAUAUUUUGUUCAGCGAAAGCAAACGAUAGUCAAGUAACAUUAUCAACGCCGACCUAUUGGCCAAUUUCGACAACAACAACCAACAAAUAUGAAACUAAUCAGACCAUAGCAACGAAUAAUGAACUGGCAAAUAGCUCAUCAAGUUCAACUUCAUGGUAUAUUAUUUUGGGUGUAGUCCUUGGUCUAGCAGGUGUUUUAGCAAUAAUUAUAGCCAUUUGUUAUGCGUAUAGAAAAAAGAUUUUGUCAAAUAUACAUCGUUUAAAAGCUAUGAAUCAUGCUCAAACUAAUGAAGCAAAAUCUCAUAAUGUAUCAAUGUCAACAUCGACAUAUGAGGUUGAUAAUCAAGGAAAACGAACACAAAUUGAUAAAGACGGUUUUAAUUCCGAUCCGAAUUCAUCCAGGUAUCAUCUAUUUUUAGCACAUGGUUCUCAAUCACAAGGACCUUCAACUGAUGCUGAAACAAAUACAACAAAUGUCGUCAAAGGUAUUCCAUUAUCAGGAGCACAGACGAAGCCUCAAUCGAUAUUUUCUAUGGCGAAUAAAAAUUAUUCUCAAUUAAAUAUUGCGUCAAUUCCAUUGACACCAUCGAAACGAGCGAAACCUUUGCCACAGAUAAAAAAUGCAAUUUACAAUGACACAGCACAGGUGAAUUUGUUAAAUACCUCAGCAGGUGCAUCUGCCUCAAAGCCAAAGCAUCGACCGCAGAGUUCAACAUGGCUUCAAAAACAAAACCAAAACCAAACGUCACAACUACCGCCUCGACCUCUAUCGAUGGUAGCCCACAAUAAGACUCUAUUGGAUUCGACGGAAUCCUUUGAUGAAAAUAUACGAUCAGUUUCAACUAUCGAAAGUUUACAAAACAAAUCGUCAAAACCUUUUUGUACAGUACCGGCGCUUAACAUUUCUACUGUUCCCAAUUGGAUAGAUAGUAAUGAUGAUCAACUAUGA